AUGGUCAUACACGCAAGCCAGGUCGCGGAGAAAUUCACUCAGAGCCUAAUUUCUAUACUUGGGGAGCCUAAUGUGCGUAAUCUCAUAGAGAGCCAUGUCAACCGAUCUAUGGAUAGUAUCGACGACAUCAAUCCGGAUUCUCUCGACAAACACAUAGGGGCGCUGUCAGAACGAUCUGCCCUAGAAAUGAUACAAAAGUUCCCAAAUUUGCUCCAGGAACGAAUACAAAGUCCGCGUGAAUCGAAACUGGAUGAAUCUGGGCGUCCAGGAUCAAAUCCCACCCAUGGACAACCCUUCAGCGGGAAUGGCACGGGCUUCUUCAAUGGCGGAAGCCCCGAUUGGGGUUUGGAAACAAAACCCUCAUUCGAAGGAUCUCAGGCCUCAACCUUGGUUCAUGAACCUGAGCCGUAUCAGGCCCAUUACUCUCCGGGCGAUGAACCAAAGCGAGGUAUCAGGUUUCCCAACUCGCCUUUCAUUCCUGAGAGAGCGCCACCUACUCAAUCACGCCGAGGUGUUGAGUUAUCUAACUCACCUUUCAUUCCUGGGGGACCAACAUACACUCAGUCACACCGAGGUGUCGGGUCUUUCAAUGCACCAUUUAUUCCUGAGACAUCACCACCAUCUCAGCCAAACCGGGAUGUCAAGUUUUCUAACGCGCCGCUCAUCCCGGAGAGACCACCACCAACUCAGACACACCGAGGGGUCGGGGCUUCUCAUUUACCGUCCAUUCCUGAGAGAAAACCACCAGCUCAACCAAACCGAGAUAUCCUACCUUUCACUUCUGGGGGACCACCACCAGCCAAGGGAAAACUUGACCCCAUCUCGGAACUGGGCGAACAGAACCAGGGAAGUAACCGCAACAAGGCAUCCCAGAUGGCAGGGUACGGCUCCACUACCGUAGACUCAGCGACAUCAUAUCUAGGAGGACUUGAUGGAAAGCCAAAAGAGCCCCCGAGGAAUUUUCCCACAGCAUACAGCAACCAUGGACCGCCUUUAUCUAUCCCUAUAAGACCCUCCACGACUGCUAGAGAAAGUUACAAUGGAGCACCUUCUUUGGAGAUCAAGAAUCCAACAACACAUCCAACAACGCAUCCAAUAACGCGUGACGAGUCUCCUCUCGACAGAAAACAUAUAUCCCAAUUUGAGGAACGACCUCUCACCCCAGACAGCGGAACUACCGAGUCCGAGUACGUGGAACAACCGCUAACUCCUCUUUCCGAUAAUUCAGAACAAAUAUAUGCCGAAGUGACCAGUUCUCCGCAGAAAAGCCAAGAGUAUCUGUCACAGACCAUAGAGAACACUGGGCUCUCAGGGUUCUACGACAAGGAUCAUCCUAGGGUGCAGACGGUCGCCAUAAAUGCGGCUGCCAGGGCGGCCCGUAUCUCAUCCACAUAUGAGCUGACGCCGAAGACCACUCUCGGAGUGAUCAAACUCGCUCUGUACAACUUUGUGAUCCUUUGUGAUGACAGCGGUUCAAUGAAACAAGAAAAUCGGAUACCAGCGUUGAAAACUACUCUCAUGCGUGUCGUGGAAAUAGCGACAUUACUAGAAGAGACUGGGAUUUCUAUUCGCUUUCUGAAUUAUAGCCGAGAUUCGCGGCUUGACGACUUGAGGCGACCAGAGGAUAUCGUGCAGAAAGUAGCAAGUGUCCGAUGGAAGGGGAUCACCAAACUCGGAAACAUGUUACAAGAAAAGAUAAUACAACCCAUGAUCAUUGACAAGGUAAAACGGAGGACCUUUGAAACGCCCUUGAUUGUGGUGAUCAUCACCGACGGAGAGCCCUACGGUGAACAUCGCGAAACGCUACGAGAUAAGAUUCGACAGUGCAAACAGGACUUGUCAGGCACAGAUUUCGGAGACGGUUCCGUGGUCUUCAUUAUCUCACGAGUGGGAAGUAGCCCCGAGUCCUUGGGGUUUAUCAGGGAGCUUGAGAAUAGUCCGGGAUUGGAGGAGAUGGUCUACUGUUCCCCAGAUCGAUUGGACGAGCAGAUGGCAAUUCUGCAGCCAGCUGCUGGGAACACCAAGUAUACGAAAUAUGUGAGUUCGGUUACAUUUCCUUUAUUUCAGCUCUAG